AUAUCGUUCAACUAUUCCAACAUGAUCAAGUUGAUACUGGUUCUUAGCCUUGCUGCUGUUUCUCUAGCAGCCAUCACUCCAGCUAGAGUAGCACCAACCUUCCUCAACAAUCCAGACCCUUACAGGUACCAGCAGUACCAAAACAAUCCCUACUAUAAUACUCAGAACCCUUACAACUUCAACAAAGACAGGUACUACCAGAACAACAAUGCCGACUACUACCAGAGGUAUAAUCAGAGAAAUAACUACUACAAUAAUGACUACAACAGAUACUACCAAGAUGGCAGUAGGUCUGGGAUUUUGAAGUUCGAGAACGACGCUGGUCCUGAUGGAUCAUACCAUUAUGGUUACGAAACAGAGAAUGGUAUAUCCGUUGAGGAACAAGGAUCUCCAAGAGCACUAGACGCUGCCAGAAGCGUGGCCCCAGUAGUGGUCCAAGGUCACUAUCGCUACACCUCUCCCGAAGGAGUACCAGUAGAAAUCUCUUACACCGCUGACGAAUUCGGGUACCACCCAACUGGUACGAUCAUUCCUGGAAAUGGGCAGUCCAACCUUGCUUACAGGGGUGUAUAUACAACUGUCAGACCAGUAGUUUGAAUGGAAUGAAGUAACAAUGUUGAAGCAUGGAAUGAUAUUUGUGAUUGGUGGAGUUACCAAACUUUGUACUUUUAUUUAGAAUAAAUGUGAUUUAUAUAAAACGAGCAUAUUAUAAGUGCAGCAUAUAUCUACAAAAAUAAAAACGUAAGUGGUA